AUGAUGCGGAUGCUCGAACCGGCGCUGCUCUUCGGGCUGUGGGCUUCGCUCGCGCACGGGGCUUUUCCCAGCAGCGUGCAGAUUGGCGGCCUGUUCAUCAGGAACACGGAUCAGGAGUAUACUGCGUUCCGAUUGGCCGUGUUCCUUCACAACACGAGCCCGAAUGCCACAGAGGCUCCAUUCAACCUCGUCCCGCACGUGGACAACAUCGAGAGCGCCAAUAGCUUCGCUGUCACCAACGCCUUCUGUUCUCAGUACUCGAGGGGUGUGUUUGCGAUAUUGGGUGUGUACGACAAGCGCUCUGUCCACACUCUCUCGUCGUUCUGCGCGUCCCUGCACAUCUCACUCGUCUCCCCGAGCUUUCCAGCAGAAGGAGACACUCAGUUCCUGAUUCAGCUCCGCCCUUCCAUACGCGGCGCCUUGCUGAGCGUCAUCGACCACUACGAAUGGACUCGAUUCGUCUUCCUGUAUGGCACGGACCGAGGAUACACCAUCCUUCAGGCCAUCAUGGAGAGGGCGGGUCAGAAUGGAUGGCUGGUGAGCGCAAUCUGUGUGGAGAACUUUGGUGAUGUCGCUUACCGACGCCUCCUUGAAGAUCUGGAGCGUCGCAACGAGAAGAAGUUUGUUAUUGAUCUAGAGGCAGAACGACUCCAGAACUUUCUAGAGCAGGCGGUGAGUGUGGGGAAGCAUGUGAAGGGGUAUCAUUACAUCAUCUGCAACCUGGGCUUUAAGGAUGUCUCUCUCGAGCGCUUUAUGCACGGGGGAGCAAAUGUCACCGGUUUCCAGUUGGUGGAUUUCAGUAAACCGAUGGUCAUCAAACUUAUGCAGCGCUGGAACAAACUCGAUCAGAGAGAAUAUCCAGGCUCCGAAACGCCACCCAAGUACACUUCCUCCCUGACGUACGAUGCUGUGUUGGUGAUGGCCGAAGCCUUCCGGAACCUCCGGCGCCAGAAGAUCGACAUCACACGCCGUGGAAACGCCGGAGACUGUCUGGCCAAUCCGGCAGCUCCGUGGAACCAAGGCAUCGACAUGGAGCGCACCUUAAAACAGGUGCGGAUCCAGGGUUUGACAGGAAACAUUCAGUUUGAUCAGAAUGGACGCAGAGUGAACUACACCAUGGAUGUGUUUGAAAUGACGAGCAGUGGCCCACAAAAGAUUGGUUACUGGAACGACAUGGAUAAACUGGUGUUGGUGCAGAACGAGCUGGCAGGUGGAAACGGCUCAGCGGGGGAGAACAGGACAGUCAUCGUCACCACUAUCAUGGAAGGACCGUACGUGAUGCUGAAGAAGAAUUGGGAGAUGUACGAAGGGAACGAUCAGUUUGAGGGCUACUGUGUUGAUCUGGUGUCUGAAAUUGCCAAGCACAUCGGGAUUAAAUACAAAAUCUCCAUCGUUCCAGACGGAAAGUACGGCGCAAGGGACCCGGAGACCAAGAUCUGGAACGGGAUGGUGGGGGAGCUUGUGUACGGGAAGGCCGAGAUCGCGGUGGCUCCCCUGACCAUCACGCUCGUCAGGGAGGAAGUGAUCGAUUUCUCCAAACCCUUCAUGAGCCUGGGAAUCUCCAUCAUGAUCAAAAAGCCACAAAAGUCCAAGCCGGGCGUGUUCUCGUUCCUCGACCCGCUGGCCUACGAGAUCUGGAUGUGUAUCGUGUUCGCCUACAUCGGGGUGAGCGUCGUGCUUUUCCUCGUCAGCCGCUUCAGUCCCUAUGAGUGGAAACGGGAAGAUGCAGAGGACGAGCCGGACCCAGAUCAGCCGCCUAAUGAAUUCGGCAUCUUUAACAGCUUGUGGUUCAGCCUGGGGGCCUUUAUGCAGCAGGGCUGUGACUUCACACCCAGGUCACUGUCAGGUCGUAUAGUGGGCGGAGUUUGGUGGUUCUUCACUCUUAUCAUCAUCUCGUCAUACACGGCAAACCUGGCAGCUUUCCUCACCGUGGAGAGAAUGGUGUCUCCCAUCGAGAGCGCGGAGGAUCUUGCCAAGCAGACUGAGAUCGCCUACGGCACGCUCGAGUCCGGCUCCACCAAGGAGUUUUUCAAGAGGUCUAAGAUCGCUGUGUAUGAGAAGAUGUGGUCGUACAUGAGGUCGGCUGAGCCGUCGGUGUUCACCAAGACGACGGCGGAGGGCGUGGCCCGGGUGCGCAAGUCGAAGGGGAAGUACGCCUUCCUGCUGGAGUCCACCAUGAACGAGUACACAGAGCAGAGGAAGCCGUGCGACACCAUGAAGGUCGGAGGGAACCUGGACUCCAAAGGCUACGGCAUCGCCACGCCCAAGGGCUCGCAGCUAAGAAACGCUGUGAACCUGGCUGUGCUAAAGCUGAAUGAACAAGGCCUGUUGGACAAAUUGAAAAAUAAAUGGUGGUACGACAAAGGCGAGUGUGGCAGCGGGGGCGGAGACGCUAAGGAUAAGAGCUCACAGGCGCUGAGCCUGAGCAACGUAGCCGGUGUGUUCUACAUCCUGGUCGGCGGGCUCGGGCUCGCCAUGCUCGUGGCGCUUGUCGAGUUCUGCUACAAAUCACGGGCUGAAGAGAAGAAACGUGCAGAUGAGUGGAAGCAGAAACAAGCAGAAUCGGCUGAGUUGAACUUCAGUCCGGUGCCGAGUCCGAGCCCGAGUGUGCAGAACUUAGCGACCUACAGGGAAGGGUACAAUGUGUACGGCUCGGAUGGCAUAAAGAUCUAGGGGCCGAAAAAGGGUCGGAUUUUAUCAUCCAAUGCCAUGGAGUUCCCGUAGCAACCAAAAAAAACCUCACGCUGUGCCUUACGUCACACUCCUUCUGCUGACGACGCCAUGCUUCCUGCUCAACCGGACUUUUAAAGGAGCUCUUUAUACGGCUUGAAAAGGAGUACAAAAAAACCUACAAACAAACAAAGACGGAGACAGUGCGUCUGUAGGAAAAGAGGUGGAGACGAUCAACAGGAUUUCUUGACGCCUUAAUAUAAUGACAUCAUCUUCACCGAAACCCCACCCACUAAGAAAAUGUCCAGAAGACCAGAAAACUGUUAGGCUGUAUACAGUUCUUGUUGUCUCAACCUGUUUCCAUUUAUUCAGUUAGGACAUAUAGUCUCCUGAGAACAAUAGCUCUGUCCCAAACGCUAGCAUUCCUGGUCAAUUGAAGGCUCCAUCCCAAGCGCUAGUUUUCCUGACAAGGAAGACGGCAAAUCUAAAGCUCUGUGCUAAACACUCAAACAUGUCAUUAUUAUAUGUUUAAUUGGUCAUAUUGAGUCAUACACAGUAUGUCAGGGUGUGUGUGUGUGUGUGUGUGUAUUAUCCAUAUGAGAAUUCACCAGGUUUCGAACUGAAAUGCAGUCCUGAGUGCGCUAAUCCCAUACUCACUAGCAGACUGUUAACUAGCAGAUAAUCAGCUAGCUGCUUUUUAAAACCACUCUCCUUUAUGACACAGCACACACACACACACACACACACACAUCUCUGAUUGCCCGAACACUUUUAUCAAACACUAGCGUUUGGGAUGUAGCCAGAUGAUGCUAAAAUACGGUAGCAUAUUAGCAUUGCUAACUAGCAGUUUAUUUAAAGCCAGAAAAACACCACAUAGUCCCAUGGUUAAAUAUUUGCUAUUGGAUAAAUCAUGAUCAAAGGGUAAAUAUUAGUACAAAAAAAAUCAAAUAAAAAAAUGGGAAAGGCAUCGCAGGAAGUAGAACAUGACGGGCACAUACACGCUUUGACCUGAUGUAAAUAAAUGUAGACAGACACAGACUCCACCUGUUUUGGGGUAACAACUCAUCGCAAUAAUGAAUAUAGGACAACACAAAAUAUUUUAUAUGCAGUUGUAAAAAAAUAAAAUAAAUGCAUAGAAUUAUAGAGUCUUACAAACUAAAAGAGCACCACAAUGUGUGUGUGUGUGUGUGUGUGUGUGUGAGAGAGAGAGAGAGAGAGAGAUCGAGAGUGUGAGCAUGAGAUUCCAUGGUAUCUGUUAUGUUAACACUUAGACACUGAGUUCUAAUACACUUUUCAACACUAGCCCUCCUCAUUGAGCGAAUCCUCUCAGCCAUCUUAAGGACUGUUCCACCGUAUCAGCCUUUUGAUGUGUUCCUUAGAGCACAACGUACCCAGAAGGCAUUACUGAAAAAAAAAAAUUAAACACAGCUUCAUUUUCAAAAUGGCGGAUGACUGUAACCCUACGUUUCUAGAUUUCACAGAUUUGAUCCAGAGCAUUGCUGAUGAAGUGGGAACACAUCCUGCAUGGGACACCGGUUAUAUAAAAAAAAUUAAAACAAAAAACGAUCAAAUAUCCUUCAAGGGAUUUGUUAUGAAACCUCAUCUGAUAGAUGUAUGCGUUUAUUUUUUUAACCGUGUCUCCUCAGGCUCUCUGCCUCCAACACCCCAGACAACUGUAACAAGCGUAAGUCAUGUACGAGUUUGACUAAUCAAGUCUGAGCAAACCUUACGUUUAUUUGCUGGUAAUUAGCUAGCUAAAUUAGCUAACUAGAUAUUCUGUUAGUAUUAUUAAUAUAACACUACGAAUACAUGGUUGCAUCCUAAGUUGCUCCGGGAGUUUGAACUAAAAAUUGGAUAUUCGAUGUUAGCUGGUGAACUAGCUACUGAGGGUACCUCCCGCUGUACUUUAAGCGGGGUGCCCUACUGUAGGUCAUUCGUGCUAUUAAACAGCCUUUAAAAAGCGUAUUGGGACAUUGUGUACAUGUCCGCACCCUAAAGAAAAAGGUUUUCUGUUUUUUUUUAUAUAUAUAUAGUUUUUUUCACCCAUUUCCAUUUGGUUUCAAUGUUUGC